UGAUAGAUCUUGACUAUACCUUGAGUUUUGACCACGCCGUUGAAAUCCUCCUAUAUAAACCUUCAUCAGGAUAAUAUAUUCACUCAUUCCAUAAAAACCUUAAUUUAGCUUUUCAAAAAAAAAAAAAAAACCUUAAUUUAGCUCGUUCUUUGGUUCUGAAACCAAAUGGGCGAUUCAACCCCUCUUCUCUCCGAAUCCAACUCAGCCGAGUCAGAACCCCCUCUGCUACAAAAACACCUUCCCUCCCUCGACUCCACCAUCGAACUUUGCAUCGGAGAUUUCGGGUGGGCACAGUUCCUCCAAGCCAUCCUCGUCUCUUUUUCAUGGUUCUUCGACGCCCAGCAAACCUUCAUCACCGUCUUCACAGACGCCGAGCCUGCGUGGCACUGUACUCAACAGCUCACUGACAACCCCAGCUCAUGCAACUCAUCAUUCUCAAAUAUUUGCCAACUUCCCAAGUCCUCAUGGGACUGGGAUCGGCCCAAACACACCUCUGUAAUCUCCGAAUGGGCCCUCGAGUGUUCCGGGUCGGUCGUCACCGGCCUGCCGGCCUCCUCCUUCUUCAUGGGGUGCUUGAUCGGAGGACUCGCCCUCUCCACACUCGCCGAUUCAUCACUCGGCCGGAAAAAGAUGCUCUUCCUCUCGUGUCUCAUGAUGUCUUUCUCCACCCUCCUCACCGCUUUUUCCACCAACAUAUGGAUCUAUUCCUUCUUGAGAUUCGUCACCGGCUUCGCCCGCGCCACCAUCGGCACGUCAGCACUAGUCUUGUCCACCGAGCUGGUAGGCAAACGGUGGCGUGGCCAGGUGGGUGUGGUAGGUUUCUUUUGCUUCACAUUAGGGUUUCUCUCCCUACCAGCUAUAGCUUACACCCAUCAAAGCCACUCAUGGAGAACACUCUACUUCUGGACUUCAAUUCCUACUCUCUUUUACUCCAUUCUCGUCCAUUUCCUGGUCCGAGAAUCGCCCCGGUGGCUAUUCGUCCGGGGCCGCAAAGAAGACGCCAUCUCAACCCUAAAAUGCAUUUCACGAAGCAUAACCAUUAGCUUCUCAAGCUUGUCGUUCGAGCAAGAGACUUGGAAUGUGGAUCUCUACUCUGCAAUCGGGAUUUUGGUAAAGAGAAAAUGGGCUUUUCGGAGACUCUGCGCGGUCAUGGGAACGGGAUUUGGAAUCGGAAUGGUGUACUACGGCAUGCCGUUAGCUUUGGGGAGCUUGGACUUCAACCUUUACUUGAGUGUCACGUUUAAUGCCUUGUCCGAGCUACCUGCUUCUUUAGUCGCUUUUUUCCUAAUUGGGAAACUGAACAGGAGAAGCUCGCUACUGUUUUUCACUUUUCUCAGUGGAGCUUGUAGCAUUCUCUCGGUGCUAAAAGGUUUUAAUCGGUGGGCAGAGUUACAAAUCGGGUUAGAGCUUGUGUCUUUCUUUAGUGGUUGUUCAGCCUUGAAUGUGUUGCUUAUAUUCACAAUUGAGCUCUUCCCAACGUGCGUGAGGAACUCGGCUCUCUCGAUGGCGAGGCAGGCGGUGGUGUUGGGAGGAGUUUUCAGCCCGAUGCUGGCAGCGGCAGGGAGGGCAAACGGCGGGGUUCUGUCGUAUGGGGUGUUUGGGGUUGUGGUGGGGGUUUGUGGGUUGUUUGUUGUUUGUUUGCCGGAGACGAGAGGGAGAGGGAUUUGUGAUACAAUGGAUGAGGAAGAGCACAAAGAGACAGCUAAUUGCAAUGCGGUUCCGCUUGUCGUCUAGAAUAUAUGUUCGAUGAUUCAGGAUCACUAGCUAGUUGCCUAGUUUGUCUUGUACGGCUGCUCGCCCCGGUCAAUUAAGGUUGAAUUUUUGUAUGGUGGAUUUGUUUAGUGAUAAUAAAGUGUAAGUGCAAGUGAGUGUGAAUAGGAUUAUUUUAUCAUUAGGAAUUUCUAGUACUUCAUAUAUGUCACUAAGAGCUUUGUUUUUCAUCUACAUGAAUCUUUUUAAUGAGAAACUAGAACUGUGCUAAUAAAUACUUAUAAGUUUGUGUUGUUCUA